CGUCCUCGCUCGUGCCCAUUCGUUGGUUUCCGUUCAUCAUCGGUAUCAAAACAUGGCGGCUGUCUCCUUACGAAACUCUGCGACCUCGCUGUUGUUGUUUAGCAGGAGGUUAUUGAGCCCGCGGCUGAAUGUUCUCUGUUCAUAUCAUAAAAAGGUGGUGGACCACUACGAAAACCCAAGAAAUGUGGGCUCUCUAGACAAAAACGCCAAGAAUGUGGGGACUGGGUUGGUGGGUGCACCAGCCUGUGGUGAUGUUAUGAAACUUCAGAUCGAGGUGGACGAAAAUGGCAAGAUCGUGGAUGCAAAGUUCAAGACAUUUGGCUGCGGAUCAGCCAUUGCCUCCAGUUCUCUAGCAACAGAGUGGGUGAAGGGGAAAUCGGUUGAUGAAGCUCUGAAGAUAAAGAACACAGAUAUUGCCAAAGAACUCUGCCUACCUCCAGUCAAGCUUCAUUGCUCUAUGCUUGCUGAAGAUGCCAUAAGAGCAGCGCUGUCAGACUACAGGCUAAAGCAACAGGACAAGGAGAAGGAACGUGUCAAAGUCAGCAGUUAAUAUGUUGUUACUAAUCUAGUAUGGGGGAUCCCAUUGAUAUUUCAGCACCAGCUAAUGUCUUGCAGCAGUGCAGUGCUGAAUGGAAGAUAAGCUGCCAUGAUCAGGUCUCGCACCCUUGUGAGGUUUUCUGGGAGUUUUACAGGCUUUAAGAAUCUCCAUGGUCGUGGGGACAGUCUCUUCAAUUCAAGCCAUUAUACCCACAUGUUCAAGUACUGGGUGUUUGUGGUGUCCAUGGAUUUAUUUCAACAGAUGAUCAAAAAUGUUUAUUGAUUGAUGCUGAUUUUGGUGUUGGGAGUUCAUGGUGAAUAUUUUAGGGAAACUCUUAAUUUUAAACAGUAGAGCUUAACUCUGGUCCCUGACCUUGCAGUUCUUUUCUACACAGACCACAACACAGAUACGUCAUAAAUCAGAAACAAUAAGUUGAGGUCUGUUUUUGUUAUGUAUAUUUUUUGGCAUUUAGGCUUAAUUUUGGCUUAACUGUAAAAAAAAAAGAAA